GUUUCGCAACAAACCUGGACCGCCCGCGCCCCACCCACCCGGCUGCCGGUCCGCCCUCCGCCCUCUCGCCUCUGAGCGCUUCCCUCCCUUCGGGGCUGGGCCUGCCCCGGCUGUCCCGGAGCCUCUCUCCCGCCGCACGUUAGCUGUCUGUGUGUCGUGGCCACCUCCUCCAGGCAGCCCGCAGCAAGCCGGCUUCGUGGCCCGACGAGCGCAGAGCCCUCUCACCGCGAUGCUGUGCUUCUUCAGGGGAAUGGCCUUUGUCCCCUUCUUCCUGGUGACAUGGUCGUCCGCAGCCUUCAUCAUCUCCUACGUGGUCGCGGUACUCUGCGGGCACGUCAGUCCCUUUCUCCCCUACAUCAGUGACACGGGAACCACACCACCAGAGAGCGGUAUCUUUGGGUUUAUGAUAAACUUCUCCGCAUUUCUUGUCUUUUCCAAGAGAGCAUUUGAUUUGUCUAUGGAGAAGCUAUUUAAUAUCUUAGAAAAAUCUGAGUUAGCUAUGCCUGCGGUCCACGAUGCCGGCGCCCUCCUGGCUUUCGUCUGCGGUGUGGUUUACACGUUCCUGCAAUCGGUCAUCUCCUACAAAUCGUGUCCCCAGUGGAACAGCUACACCACGUGCCAUGUCCGCAUGGUCAUCUCUGCCAUUUCCUGUGUAGCUGUCAUCCCCAUGAUUGCCUGUGCUUCACUAAUUUCUAUAACCAAGCUGGAAUGGAAUCCAAAAGAAAAGGAUUAUGUGUUUCACGUAGUGAGUGCCAUCUGUGAAUGGAUCGUGGCCUUUGGUUUUAUUUUCUAUUUCCUAACAUUCAUCCAAGAUUUCCAGAGCGUCACCCUGAGGAUAUCCACAGAGAUCAACGAUGACUUUUGAAAGCCUGGGCAUCCUGCUCACUCAGCGAAUGCCGCAGACAGUUUCUGGAAGUGGCACAGAGGACAGAGGGGCUUGGGUGUCGCCCUGAUCAGGACGUAUCUGUGGCACACCCGGGACUUGAAUUCCAUUAAGAAUUUCUAGCAGUUGUUCUAUUUACAAAGGUAUGUUUUCCUAGAGAAAGCUCAGCAGCAAUGACACUUUAGCGAUAUUUUUAUAUUUUCUAAGAUACUCUUUAUAUGGACAAACUCAUAUGCAGAAAAGAAAAUUUUUCCAUUUUAUGGAAAAUAGGGGAUUAUUUUUGUGUAGACUCUUUAGACUUUUUAUGUAUGAUCGGUGAAAAUACACUAAGUGAAAAAAUGUUAAGUUUAAUACAUUUUUUUAAAAAGGAGCAGCCAAAUCAGGAUAUAGUCACUUUAAAAUUUUGCUUUUUGAAAACCACAAUGAGCUGCACACAUUUUCAUCCCAAGAGCUGUUACACAAUCUAACUCAUAGUGAUUAUAUACCCUAAUGGUAAAGAUAGAGUUAAUAAAUUAAUACUAAAGCACUCUGAUUUUUAGUGCUUUAGACACAACGUUUUUACAGUCAAGGCUUCAAAACCCAUUUACUAUGCACAUUCACCAAGCAGUGUAGAAGACCUCGGUCUGGAAAUUCAGCCUCCCUGGCUGGUUUGCUUCCCUGACACAGCCACAGUGACAGCUCUGGGCUGCUGUUAACUGGUGGCACAGGAACUCAUUCCUGGUAGGAUGGGCUCAGGAUGGCAGCUUAGAUAUCAAAACUGCCCUUCUUCUCUGUAAGCCAGUCAGCGAGAACGCAAAUCCAAGACAGAGGAAGGGGGGCCUAGAAACCCAGGGGCAGGCUGGUUCAAUGCCUGUGGCCGGGGUUCAGUGCACGUGAUGUGGAAGGGGAGUCAGGCCCUUUCCUAAGCAAGGUCCGCAGACUCCGCCUCUUCAUCCGGCUCACAACUGACUAAAGGAAAGGCCAGAUGUUGUAGAGAAGACAUGGCCUUGGAGGUGCCAACGAGGUCCCAAGCUCCCUAUCUCAGUCUGGGAAAGUGGAGCUACCCAGGGCCUAGCAGCCCGUUUGGGCAGCCUUGGGGAGGGGACUCCUGGAGAUCCAGGGGCACGUAAGUGCUGAGUCCUGCGUGGGUGAGCGCCAGCAGCCACUUCUGCCAUGACGUCUUGUGUGUCCUCAAGCGUGGAGGGGUGCAAACUGCCUACCAAACGUUUGUGAGUCCGCUGUAAUACAAUGCCACGUUAGUCCUGGGACACAAAGACCGUGGCCUUUCGUCAUCAUGAAGAGAAAGGGGAGCAGGCACCUUUCCCGUGGGAACUGUGGUUGACUGAAUGCAUGCUGCUCUUGGCUUUGAGCAGGAACAUCGGAACCUCCCAGAAUGCGGGCGGCUCUCUGCCUGUUCACUGGAGACUCCAGGGCACUCACUCCUUCAGGGCGGAACAUGUGCCUUAACCUAGAGUUCAACACAGUGCCUUCCGGCACACAGUCGGUGCUUAAUAAAUGCCCACUGAAUGUAUGCGCGUAUGAACGAAUGAACAAAUCCCACAGUGACUGGGGAUGUGUGAGGUCUCCGGCUUUACUUACUCUAGCUCACUAGUUAUUCUGAUGUUGACAGCUAGGCUGUGCUACCUAGUAACCUUGUCCAUUUUGCUUUGUGUACCCUGCACACAUUCCAGUUCUUUGGGCUUCAUGAUUCGGUGACAGCUCUCUUCUGGACAGAUACCACAGCAAUUGUUACACGGGCUAGACCUGUCUUGGCAAACCGAGAAGGCCCCAAAUCACCCCAUUCUGCAGAUUCCAUGCAACUUCUAACGUUAUCCCCAUUUUGGUGUUCUUUUUCAUUUCUACAAAUGUGUAUUUCCUUGGAACUUCAUGCCUAAGAAGGUAAAAUAAAAA